AGCGUCCGGCUCUGCGGGCUGGCGGCGCGACGGGAGCGCCGGGCGCCGCGCGAUGGGUGCCGAGGCCUCCGGGGGCGGGCCGGCGCUGCGGGACCUGGUGCGCGAGGCCGAGAUCAGCCUGCUCGAGUGCAAAGUGUGCUUUGAGCGGUUCGGCCACCGCCAGCAGCGGCGCCCGCGCAACCUGCCCUGCGGCCACGUGGUCUGCCUGGCCUGCGUGGCCGCCCUGGCGCACCCGCGGACGCUGGCCCUCGAGUGCCCCUUCUGCCGUCGAGCCUGCCGGGGCUGCGACACCAGCGACUGCCUGCCGGUGCUGCACCUCCUGGAGCUGCUGGGUUCCGCGCUUCGCCAGGCCCCUGCAGCCAACCGCGCCGCCCCCAGCUCCCCCGGGGCCUUCACCUGCCACCACGCCUUCGGGGGCUGGGGGACCCUGGUGAACCCCACCGGGCUGGCGCUGUGCCCCAAGACGGGGCGGGUCGUGGUGGUGCACGACGGCAAGAGGCGGGUCAAGAUCUUUGACUCCGGGGGAGGAUGUGCACAUCAGUUUGGAGAGAAGGGGGACGCUGCUCAGGACAUUAGGUACCCACUUGAUGUCACCGUCACCAACGACUGCCAUGUGGUUGUCACCGACGCCGGCGACCGCUCCAUCAAAGUGUUUGACUUUUUUGGCCAGAUCAAGCUUGUCAUUGGAGGCCAGUUCUCCUUGCCUUGGGGUGUGGAGACCACCCCUCAGAAUGGGGUCUUGGUAACUGAUGCAGAAGCGGGGUCCCUGCACCUCCUGGAAGUCGACUUUCCAGAAGGGGUCCUCCGGAGAACCGAAAGGUUGCAAGCUGCCCUGUGUCAUCCCCGAGGGGUGGCCGUGUCCUGGCUCACCGGGGCCAUAGCAGUGUUAGAGCACCCCCGGGCUCUGGGCAGCGGCGCCUACGGCACCACGGUGAAGGUGUUCAGCGCAAGCAUGCAGCUCAUCGGCCAGGUGGAUGCCUUUGGGCUGAGCCUCUUUUUCCCCUCCAAAAUAAUUGCCUCCGCUGUGACCUUUGAUCACCAAGGGAACGUGAUUGUGGCAGACACUUGUAGUCAGGCUGUCCUGUGCUUAGGAAAACCCGAGGAGUUUCCAGGCGCAAGCCCAGCAGCAGAACAGCUCUGCAGAUGGCCCGACCAGCCGCAGGCUCUCUCUGGACGUCAGGCGUCUCACAGGCAAGUCGGUCCCAGCUCCGCAUUUAGCUUUUUCUCUCCCGACGAGCCGCCCUCUGUCUGUGUGGGCAUUUAUCCUUCGAGCAGAAGAGCCGGCCUCCCUGGCUAAGAGCCACAGCAGUGAUCACUGAGUAAGUGGCUGUCUGCGUUUGCCUCGUGACCACAAAAUUCGGGCACUAAUUCUCAACAUACUUUACACAUGGGGAUGAUUUAUCUUCAUUUACAGUUUUCACACUUAAAAUCUCCUCAUUUUCGAGGUUCUUCACAGACCUCGUGGCAGAGGUUCAGGCGGCACCGGGCUGCUGUAGAAUAAACAGUGUCUAACCAACACUGACGCCGACCCAGCUACAUGCACACCUCAUCACUUUUCUCUUCACACUUUCUUCCCCCAGCAUUUUUCAUAC